AUGGCAGAAGAACCCCUCACGCCGUUCGGCCAGGCGCUUGCCGGCGCACUCGGUGGCGUCUUUUCCAAUGCUGUCAUCUACCCGCUCGACACAGUCAAGACGCGAAUUCAAGCCGGUGAGAGCUCUGCAGUGGUUGCCGGCAAGGAGGCGCGCGACCCUAAGGAUCCCUCCAAAACCAUCAUCACUGUGCCCAAGAAUGUAGGCAUGAUCAAGGGCAUCCUCCACAUCAUCCGCAGCAAGGAAGGUGCUGCCGGCCUGUACAAGGGCUUUGGCGCGAGCAUGGUCAACACGUUCUCGACGGGCUUCGCUUACUUCUACUGGUACUCGGUGGUUCGCACGCUCUACCAGAACCGACUGGCCAAGCGAAGUGCGUCGGGUGUCGCUGUCAUGAGCACGGCUGCCGAGCUUGUGAUGGGCGCCAUUGCUGGUGCGCUUGCUCAGAUCUUCACCAUCCCUGUCAGCGUGAUCGCCACGCGGCAGCAGCUGGGCUCGUCCGAGAGCUCGAAGGACGGCAAGCCAGUGGACGAGAGCUUCUUGGGCGUUGCCAAGGACAUUCUCAAGCAAGACGGUGUCACGGGUCUCUGGCGCGGACUCAAGCCUUCGCUGGUGCUGACGGUCAACCCAGCCAUCACGUACGGUGUGUUUGAACGUGUCAAGACCAUCAUCCUCGCCUCGUCGCUGGACGGAAAGAUGACACCGGGCAAGUCGUUCCUCGUCGGAGCGCUCUCCAAGACCUUGGCCACCGUGGUCACGUUCCCAUACAUCUUGAGCAAGAUCCGCUUGCAGGCCAAGAACACAAAGUACACGGGUGCCAUCGACUGUCUUACGCAGAUUGCAAAGGAGAAGGGUAUCCUCGGAUGGUACCAGGGCAUGCAGGCUCAGAUCACCAAGGCUGUGCUUGCCCAGGCGCUGCUCUUCUACUUUAGGGACUACUUUGAGGUUUGGACUCGCCAGAUCCUCAAAGUCAGCAAGAAGACGGUUGCUGCAUGA